AUGGAUGAGAAUACCACACUGCAGAAGCGGGCCCCAAAGCCAACUCUUCGGGCCAUGGAAGACUCACUUCAGAGGAAAAUCAAUAACAGAAGAGGUAAGCUAAGUCAACUCAAGAUGAAGAAGAAUGAGUUGCUGCAUUUUAUGGAUAAUGACAGUAAUAUUGAUGUGGUGCAGAAGAAGUUCACUCACGAAUUUAACACUGAAUUUGCUAACUUCCAAGAGGCAAAUAAUAUGGUCAAAGAUCAAUAUAAUGCAUUGGGACUUGAUGAGAACCAGAAGUAUGACCAAGAGAACUGGUAUAUGCCCAAAGAAGCCGCAUUUUAUGAUUUCAUUGAAGAAGUGGACUUUUGGAUAAAAGACGUGGGUAAACGGAUGGAAGAUUCAUCAAAGAUGGAUGCAAUGGUGCGGCCCAAAGACGGCGUAUCUGAGUCUGGUUCCCGAAGGACAAAAUAUUCCAGAUGCAGCUCUGUACAUUCCCAAGCUUCCGUGGAACGCCUAAAGGCUGAACUGGAAGAGGCCGCGCUCUCGGCGCAGGCAGCGGUGUUAAAGGAGAGACAGGAGAUUGAGUUCCAGGAGAUGCGUAUACGGGCUGACAAAGAGGACUUGGAGCUAAAGCUUGCCUUGGCCACUACCCAAGCUAAACUGAGGGUUUUGGACAUGCAUGAUGGGUCUGUAGUCGCCGCACCCCAGUCCCCGCAGCCUGUGGUCGCCACACCUCAGUCCCCGCAGCCUGACGCCGCUCCCCAGUUCCGGCCUUCUGACGCCGCACCCCAGUCCCCGCAGCCUGUGGUCGCCGCACCUCAGUCCCCGCAGUCUGACGCCGCUCCCCAGUUCCAGCCUUCUGACGCCGCACCCCAGUUCCGGCCUUCUGACGCCGCUCCCCAGUUGUUCCGGCCUUCUGACGCCGCUCCCCAGUUGUUCCGGCCUUCUGACGCCGCUCCCCAGUUCCGGCCUUCUGACGCCGCUCCCCAGUUCCGGCCUUCUGACGCCGCUCCCCAGUUCCGGCCUUCUGACGCCGCUCCCCAGUUCCGGCCUUCUGACGCCGCUCCCCAGUUCCGGCCUUCUGACGCCGCACCCCAGUUGUUCCGGCCUCCCGACGCCGCACCCCAGUUGUUCCGGCCUCCCGACGCCGCACCCCAGUUGUACCGGCCUCCCGACGCCGCACCCCAGUUGUUCCGGCCUCCCGACGCCGCACCCCAGUUGUUCCGGCCUCCCGACGCCGCACCCCAGUUGUUCCGGCCUCCCGACGCCGCACCCCAGUUGUUCCGGCCUCCCGACGCCGCACCCCAGUUGUUCCGGCCUCCCGACGCCGCACCCCAGUUGUUCCGGCCUCCCGACGCCGCACCCCAGUUGUUCCGGCCUCCCGACGCCGCACCCCAGUUGUUCCGGCCUCCCGACGCCGCACCCCAGUUGUUCCGGCCUCCCGACGCCGCACCCCAGUUGUUCCGGCCUCCCGACGCCGCACCCCAGUUGUUCCGGCCUCCCGACGCCGCUCCCCAGUUCCUGCUGGAGCUAACAUUAUGGUAA